AUGGUUUCCACUCCUGAGAACCGCCAGACUUUCAUCGCCUCGGUCAUCAAAUUCCUGCGCCAGUACGAGUUUGACGGGCUGGACUUUGACUGGGAGUACCCUGGCUCUCGAGGAAGCACGCCUCAGGACAAGCACCUCUUCACUGUCCUGGUGCAGGAAAUGCGUGAAGCUUUUGAGCAGGAGGCCAAGCAGAUCAACAAGCCCAGGCUGAUGGUCACUGCUGCAGUGGCUGCUGGUAUCUCCAACAUCCAGUCUGGCUAUGAGAUCCCCCAGCUGUCCCAGUACCUGGACUACAUCCAUGUCAUGACCUAUGACCUCCAUGGCUCCUGGGAAGGUUACACUGGAGAGAACAGCCCCCUCUACAAAUACCCAACUGACACUGGCAGCAAUGCCUACCUCAAUGUGGAUUAUGCCAUGAACUACUGGAAGGACAAUGGAGCCCCAGCAGAAAAGCUCAUCGUUGGAUUCCCAGCCUAUGGACACACCUUCCUUCUAAGCAACCCUUCCAACCAUGGAAUUGGUGCCCCCACUACUGGCCCUGGCCCUGCUGGGCCCUACACCAGACAGUCUGGGUUCUGGGCCUACUAUGAGAUCUGUACCUUCCUGAAGAAUGGAGCUACUGAGGUAUGGGAGGCUCCUGAGGAUGUUCCCUAUGCUUACAAAGGCAAUGAAUGGCUUGGAUACGACAAUACCAAGAGCUUCAAAAUCAAGGCUGAGUGGCUCAAGAAGAACAACUUUGGAGGUGCCAUGGUCUGGGCCAUUGACUUGGAUGAUUUCACAGGCACUUUCUGCAACCAGGGCAAAUUCCCUCUGAUCACCACCCUGAAGGAUGCCUUGGGCCUCCAGAGUGCAAGUUGCAAAGCUCCAGCCCAUCCCAUUGCUCCCAUUACCGAGGCUCCUAGCACAGGCGGGGGCAGCUCAGGAAGCAGCUCUGGGAGCAGUUCUGGGAGCAGCUCUGGGGGCAGCCCCAGUGGCAGUGGAUUCUGUGCCAACAGAGCCAGUGGACUGUACCCUGAUCCCACUGACAAGAAUGCUUUUUACAACUGUGUGAAUGGAAAGACCUUCACUCAGCACUGCCAGGCAGGUCUUGUCUUUGAUGCCUCCUGCUCCUGCUGCAACUGGUGAUAAUGUUUGUCUGAUACCACCUC